AUGGCUGUUGAAAAAAGAUGCUGUGUACCUAAUUGCAGCAAAAACCAAUCGGAUAAUGUUAUAUUACAUAUAUUUCCAAACCCAAGCAAACAAGCUGAUCGGUUUCGUUCAUGGGUGUAUGCCAUUGGUGGAGACAUUUUAGCAAUGAAAGAUGACAAUAUAUUUAAGUACCGCAGAGUAUGUCAUCUUCACUUUGAGUCAAAGUAUUACACAUGGAGUAAAAGACUUGCACCUAAUGCAGUACCAACUUUACAUUUGCCAGGAUGCCAUAUAAAUGUUGGUUUUGAUCACCAUCAGCCAUCAACAAGCACUGCAAUGCCUAGCAUCUCACUAGCACCUAAUGAAGCAUCAAAGAAGACUAGGCUUUGUAAAGUAUUCUCUUCUGAAGCUAACUCUCUUGUUCGCAAAAUUAAAAAAUUACAAGCUGAUAAAGACCAUUUUGCAUUGAAGCUGAAAAAGGCUCUAAAGCUAUCUGAAAAUCCUAUUUUUCAAAAAGCAAUUUCUAAAUUUACGUCAGCUGCCCUAAUAUUAACUCUGCUUCAGUUCCGUGAAAUUAAUAAAAAUAAAAUGGGAAAAAGAUAUUCAAAAAAAGAAAAAGUUUUGUCCUUAGCUCUUUACAAACAAGGGCCUAGAGCUUACAGGUGGCUUAGGAAUGUAUUUGUUCUGCCUUCUUCAGCAACACUGAGUCGCAUGAUAGCAAGAGCUGCUUUAAAGCCUGGAAUGAAUGAUAAUUUAUUUGACGUUUUAAGUAAAAAAGUUAAAAAAAUGUCCGAGACUGACAAGUUAUGCAUAUUGUUAUUUGAUGAAAUUGCAAUCUCGCCACAUUUUGAAUACAACAGGAAGAGAGAUAUUAUAAAAGGAUUUGUUAACAAUGGCAAGAAAAACAUUAUGAAAAUUGCAGACCAUGCUUUAUGGUGA